GUAGUUUCUGUUCAUUUUCUGAUUUCUGUUCUGUUCUGUUCUGUCAUAUUCCCUCCGUUAGUUUUAUUUUUAUUAGCUCGUAUAUCACUGCAAGAAUUAGUUAUAAUUGUUAAUUAGUGCUAAUUGUUAUUAAUAACUAAACUAAAGAAAAGACUGUGAUUUAUCGUUGAAGGGGGCAAUUGUUGUUGGGAUGAAACAGAACGUGUGGGGCUUUCUUUUAAUAAUUGUUGAUUUUUGAUUAAGUUCUUCGAUUUUUACAAUGGUCGAGGAUAGCGUUAGUCCAUAUCACAGGCCUAAGACCAAAACCGCAAGACCCAGACCUGUUUACUUGUGGAAUGUUUUGGAUGUUCAAAAGUGGCUGAGGAGGCAUUGUAGUGAUUAUUAUCAACUUUAUCACGAACAAUUUUUAUACCACGACAUAACAGGACGAGUUUUGCUUAGAGUUAACGAAAACAUCCUCCUGAGAUUGGGAAUCGUAAACGAGGAGCAUAGGAUGGAUAUUUGGCGUGAAAUAAUGAAGCUCCACCUUAAGACAGACAUCCUUGAGAUAAGGGAUAUCGAGAGAAGAAAUAAUAUGAACUACGACUGAUAUUUUCGAUAUUUUUUAUCACAUCUCUUGUUGGAUAUUAUCAUAGAAGUAUUGCUCUUUUAUUAAAUCUCCAGUUUACAUGGAUCACAGUGGUA